AUGGAUUAUCAUCACUUAUGUGCGAUUCUUCUCAAUCUUCAAGAUCGUCUUGCAAAUGAUGAUCGAAAGCGUCUUCAUUUUUACCUUGGGAAUGAUAUUCCACGAAGGUUUCGAGAUGGUCCAUCUCUUAGUGGAACACUCAGCCUGAUGGAUUCCCUUUUUGAUCAGGAUAAAAUCAAUGAAGACGAUUUAACCCAUCUUAUCAACGCUUUGGAACAAAUUCGUCGUUUGGAUGCCUACAUUUUCAUCGAAAUCAAUGACUAUGGAUUAAAUGAAUCUGUGCAAAGUCUAUCAGUCAUAAUACUACCAUUCACCGAUCAACUUCUUCACGAUGAUAAGGUUGAAGAAGAUAAAGAAGCUUUAAAAUCUGAUCACGAAAGAAAUAAAGUGAGAAGAUGGAAACUCGGAGAAAAAGGAAGAAGAACAUUGACCGCAGGUGGUAAUGGCCAAGGAAACCAAUUGAAUCUACUCGAAAAGCCUACUUUUAUUUUCGUUGAUACCAAUCAAUCGAUUUAG